CAGUUUCCAAAAUAUUUAGAUCUUGAACGCGAUGGGUUUAGUAACAACAACAGAGACAACCAUGUCAGAGAAAGUAGAUAUAAAUCAACUUCAUGAUGAAUUUAAUCAAGAAUGUAAACAUAUUCAAUCACUGAUAGAUACAUCAUCCACAGAAGGCCAUACAGAAUUAAAGAAAAAGAUCAUACAAUUGCAGAACAAGAUUGAAGAAGUCUCACACUUAUUGCCCAGUUAUCAACAACUAUCAUACACUGAAGUGAGUUCCACAACUUUCAUAUGGAUUUUGGAUCUAAACUGACACCUGAUAUAGCAAAUACGAUCUCUACUAGAGGCCGUUGAAAAGAAGAAUGCACCACAAAAGAGAUUCAAAUUUUCAAGAAAACCUCAACCAAAGAAACCUCUACAAAAAGAACCAGUGAAUCUUAUACAGGAACAAGAAGAAAUUCCAAAUGUUGCGGGUGUGAACAGAUCAAGUAGGGAAAUCGCUGAUGAAACAAAAAUCUUCUGCAAAGAUGUUGAAUCUUCAAUACUUAUUUU